CGCGCACACGCCGCCACAGAGAGAAAGAGGACCCAACAUGGCCGAAGCAGAAGGAAGCGAGUUAACUUCUAGUGGUAUUUUUCAGGAGAUCUUCACCUCCCCGGUGAACCUCACCCUGCUCGGCCUCUGUCUGUUCCUCCUCUACAAAAUCUUCCGCGGGGACACACCGCCGGACCUCGGCGAGGUGGAGCCGCAGCUGCCCAAACUGAAAAAGAGAGACUUCACCCUCGCAGAGUUGAAGCCCUACGACGGACUCCAGAACCCGAGGAUCCUCAUGGCCGUCAACGGGAAAGUGUUCGACGUGACCAGGGGGAAGAAAUUCUACGGCCCAGAGGGGCCGUACGGAGUGUUUGCGGGCCGAGAUGCAUCCAGAGGUCUGGCUACGUUCUGCCUGGAGAAGGACGCCCUGAUAGACGAACACGACGACCUGUCCGACCUGAACACCAUGCAGCAAGAGAGCCUCUCUGAGUGGGAGUUACAGUUCACUUCAAAGUACAACUACAUCGGCAAGCUGCUGAAACCAGGGGACGAGCCCGCCGAGUACACAGACGACGACGAGGAGGGAAAGGACAAAAAGACGGAGUAGAAACAUAUUGAGAGAACUGGGGGGAGAAAGAAAAUGGCCGAUGCCUUAAUGUUGGUUUGUAAUUUUGAUGCCCAUUGCCUCCUAUUGGGGCCAAUCUUCUAUAUGUAUUCUAGUACUUUUGGACUGUCACAAUCCUGACCAAACUACAUUCAUCUCCUUUGACCCUAUGGCUCUAACAGUUAAACCUGCUGCAUUCUGAUGUGUCGGCGACUGAAAAACAGAUCUGUUAAAUUGUUGUGUAAAAUUAAGAAGUUGGACCAAUUCCACUGGCGUUGAUGUGUCAGGUGUAGGUUGAGAAUCGUGGGUGGACUAAAGGAGGAGAUGAUCCACAGCUCUGUCGGACACAUUCCUUUCAGUCGAGGUUUGGCUCGGUUCACUUUGAAAUGAAUUAUCUCAGGAAGUAGUUUAACAAAAGAUUAGCAACAAUAUUUUUGAGGUUCUGGAGCCAGUGUGAGAUUCAAUGUUGUUUUUUUCUUCCAGAAAACAUUUAAUAGGGUCAUUGUUAGUUUAAAAAAAAGAAGCUAGUUACACUGGCCGGCAAGUUUCCCUGAAAGUAGAUCUUUCUUCUAGUGUCAGCGUUUGGAGGGAUUUAUGAAAAAUGAAGUUUGCUUGGAAAGCUUUGGUAAGGUUUCCCACCGUAAUGUGUUUCAUGAACACAAAUGUGAAGUAGGCUGAAAAAAAACAAAAACACUGCUAUACAUAUAAUAUAUAUUUUCAGAAGUUUUUCUUGAUAAACUGCGCAAACCACAUUAGCUUUGUUUACCUUUAUAUGACAGGUGAACGGUUUCCUGUCUGUGCUUUACACUAAAUGAGAAGAUGACUGGCAGGUGUCUUGUUAACCCAUCAAAUGCAUCUGCUGGUCUCAAUUCUAUGAUGGUGCGUUAGAGCCAUUGUAGGUAAACAAAAAAGAACAGUGAUUGCAGAGCAGGGGCAGCAUUUCAUUACGAAACAAUUCAGAUUUAAAGUGUUUCCUCAUGAAUCUAUUUUCUGAUAGAAAUUGUAUUACUGAGAUUACGAAGUCAAGAAUUUACAAAUAAAACUGGAAUUAAAGUCACAAAUAAAACAACUAAGAACCACUUUAUUUAGCUAUUCUUUUAUAAAAAGUUCUGGCUUUUUUUCUUGUAAAUGUACCAUUUAGAUCUGUGAAAUGAAUCCUAACCUCUGACCCUGACUCUGUAGUUAGUGUUAUUUUGUUAUCCUCAGAACUUGUACGCCGUUAAUACAUUUGUAGAAUACUUGUAUUAAAUGGUAAUUUUCUGAAUGUCAAAUCUUCAUUUCCCAAUUUUAUAUUCUAUUAACCAGUGAACUCAUUUAUCAAGCAAAAAAGACUGCUUUCAGCUCCUCAAAUAGAAGUUUCCGCUUUUCUUUUGCCUUUAACAAUUCUGAUUUCCAUCCUUUUUAAGUUAGACUGUAGGUCGGAUGAAAAAAGUAAUGUGCAAUUAUAUACUACAAAACAGAAAAAUGAUAAAAUAUAAAACCCUCCCUGUUGUGCGUGACUUUAGUUCUCACGACUUCUGCUCCUCACAUGGUGCAGUUUGUGUUGGAAUGAUCAUAAUACAAAAUGGCUACACUUGUAAACACGAUGAAGUCCAAGCUGCUGCUGGUAAUUUUUUCAAAUCCGUUUCAGUUAUUCCCCUUUCAGCUGAGGGCUUGUUUACAUUCUUUUUGACACUAAAUCCAUGAUCUGAAGUCUGAAAAAAGUCAGACAAUUAUUGUCCAAUACUUUCAUAAGAUUUUUUUAUCUUCAUUCAUACGUCUGAAGUGUUUUAAAUAAUUAUUGUAUACGGAACACAAUGGUUUUAAAUGAUGUUCAAUCUGUUCUCCAAAUGUUUUUCUUGGCCUCUGUCGACUGAACGAUUGGUCACUUUCCCAAAAUACAUUGAGAGUGGGAAUAUAUUUAGUAUGAUGUACAUAAACUAAAUGUCAUAAUUCUUCAAAUGAUAUUUUGAUUUAAUAAAGAAUAUUAUAAAAUA